CCUCGCCACCGCUGGACAGAAGAAGUGACAUGAAGUUUGAAAUUUCACCGGGAACAUAUUUAGCACAUUUUUAACGAUUUACAGGAGGAAAAACUUCGAAUAUUUAUGACCAUGUCUGAACUAGAGGACUUCUCUAAACGUAUUCAUGAAAGACUGGCUUCAAUUCAACGAAUGCUGGAUCUGUCGAUUAUAGACUUGCCUCAGAAUAAGUUGAAAAAACUUGGUCAGGAGCUGUUUGCUAUUGAAGGAAUUUUAGACGAGUCUGAGAAAUAUGUUAAUCGCCAGAGAGACCAACUUCAGCAUCUGAAAACACUUGAAAAAUCAUCACAAAAAUAUUUAGAGGACCUCCGUCACCUUCAGGACAACAUCCCAGAACAUUUGCCACAGAAAAAGAACCAAGUAAAUGUAAGUGAGCCAGUAAAGGCCUAUAUAAACACAGAAGAUACCCAGUCACGGCAGCCUGAGAAGAUCAAAAAAGUUUGCAAGGGGUACAUAAAGGAAAUGGAUUUCAUCACCAUCCCUGAGUAUGAGAGCAUCCCUCAGUAUAUGAAGGGGAGAGUGUCCUAUGAUCAGCUUAAUUCUGCUGUGCGCUGCAUCAAUGCGUCUUUGUCCUCUAAAUACAAGAUACUGCAUCAGCCCAUGAAAACUCUCAACAACCGUUCACGCAAGUUACAUCAGCGGUUUAAGGAGCAGGAGACCAAAGACACAAAAGGCCAAUUCUUCAUUGUUGAAGCUGACAUAUGUGAAUUUACUGAGACAAAGGUUGACAAAAGGUUUCAAGGGAUUUUGAACAUGCUGCGGCAUUGCCAGCGCCUAAAGGAGCUACGAGGUGGUGGUAUUACUCGCUAUGUUCUGUUAUAAAAAUGUUUUUGUAUAAUUAGCGUUUUAUACAUUUUAAACCACUCAGCUUAUGUAAUAAAAAUGUAAAAAGGCAAUUGUGAGAGCAAAGAAAGUCUGACUGGUUACACCCCAAACUAAAUAGACUUUACAAUAACUAAUUUAAUUAGAGCAUAGAAAACAAAGCAGAAAUAUUUAGUAUUUUUUAUUUAUCUUUGUCAUUUCACCAAAAAGUUUGCUGCAUAACUACAUCCAAAAGCAUUCAUUAUUGUCGUCACUGUGCUCUAUCAUUGCUCAAGUGACGAUAGUGUGACAUCAUCAGUGCCGCCAUGACAACAUAGCGCCACGGCAUGGCUCAAACAGCAGGACAACAUCUGACAGUGUUUCCCAUCAGCAGUCAUCAGUAAAAGCAUUGUCCAUUACCCCUGGAAAAGCAAAACAUUGCACAUCAAUUUAAAUAGCAUAGCAUCCAGUAUCUUUCUUCAAAUACCUUCUGAGAAACCAAACCCACCCACUAGCCCUGUCUUGAGUUUUACAAUGAAAACUGUUAUUCAUGUAUGUUUGUAUGAUUUCACAAAGUAAGACAAAUAUUGUGAUGUAUGUAAAUAUAUGCUUAAGUUAAAGGUGCACGGUGCUAAUUUUCUGGUGGUGAGUCCGCUACUUGUCACAAUGGAGGUGUUAUUGCUCUGCCUGGAAUGUCCUAUAAUCAUUUCCAUCUAGCAUUUAUUCAUUAUAGGUGUUUCUAUUGCUCAAAAGUACAAAGAUUGCUUCUGUGAAUAGAGGUGACUCUCCACAGAUCUGAAUUGUAAUAUAGCAUAGUGCUGUAACCUGCUUGUUUCCCUCAUGAUGGAUGGUUUAAUCUAUACAGUGGAACAUUCUCAAAAAAGUAAUAACAUUUCCAUAGAGAUAAGCAGGUAGCAGACCUUCCACUAGAAAUUUUACACAGUGUACCUUUAAGUCAGCAAAUAUGUGGGCAAAAUGAAUGUCUACUUGUGUAAUAAAUAAAUAAAUAAAAUAAAAUCUGAAAAUAAACUUUUUAUGAGGUU